AUGAGUGCUCAACAGAUAACCAGUCCGAUCGAGGAGUUUUUCCAACUUCAAAAAGACCUCGAUGGAUUCACGUCGAGGUUCACCAAAGAAAUCUCCAGUAAAAAACGCCAGAUUAUCGAUGACAAAACCAGUUUCAACAUCAAAGUCAAUGAUCUCAAGAGCGAAGAAGUGCGGCUAACGAGCCAAAUCAACCAGUUGGACGGGCACAGGUCGGAGCUUCAGCGCAAGAUUGAGGAGAGUAUCAUUAACUUUGAGGACCGUAGAGCCAAGAUUGACGAGUUGCAUGCGGAAGAAACCAAGUUGAACACAAAAAAACUAGAACUUGAUGAGGAGUUGAAUGGCAUAAACAACCAGAUCAAUGAGAUCAACAACAAGAUUGAGAAGCUUUCCAAGAAUCUUGAGGACCAGGUGGUACAAGAUGACGUGGAGUUGGUUAAAUUUGAACGAUAUUUGGGACUUCGAAUCGAGGUGUUGAAAGAAGACUUGAUGAAAUUCAGGUUUUCGAACUUGGAUGCUAGUAACCUUGACAAGGAGUUUUGGAUUGACUUAAACAUAGCGGAAGAGUUUCAGAUUACUGGUAGUUUCCCGGCAAUGGGAGAGGACGAAAUGGCGCCAAUAUUGGUGGAGUUCAACCAAAGUCAGAACUUUGGAAGGUUUUUGAAGCAAAUCAGGCAAGUGUUGAAGAGUAAUAUUUAG